UGACACAGAUUACCCGUUUGCAAGGACGAGUAUGGAGUUCAAGGGCAACCCCGAGCAGGAGGACGACGUUUAUGGCGGCGAACUUCCCGAGGAAGCCUACAUGGAGACCGAUUUCGAGUCAGCUGCUGCUGCGGCUGAAGCUGUUGACGACGACUCCAAAGCUAAGGAGCUGGAGGAUAUGAAGAAGAGAUUGCAAGAAAUUGAAAAAGAAGCUGGCGCUCUUCGUGAGUUGCAGGCGAAGGUUGAGAAGGAGAUGCACGGAACUCAAGACGAUUCAAGUGAAGCCUCUGCUACCCAGGCUGAAAAGGAAGAGAUUGAUUCCCGGUCAAUAUACGUUGGCAAUGUUGACUAUGCAUGCACGCCGGAGGAGGUACAGCAACAUUUUCAGUCUUGUGGGACCGUGAAUAGGGUCACCAUUUUAACAGACAAGUUUGGGCAACCCAAAGGGUUUGCUUACGUGGAAUUUGAGGAAGUCGAGGCUGUACAGAAUGCUAUACUGCUGAACGAAACAGAGUUACAUGGCCGUCAACUAAAGGUGUCAGCAAAGCGAACCAAUAUUCCUGGAAUGCGGCAAUCUCAAGGUAGGCGCCCUACUCGUUUUGGUUCUAGAAGACCCUUCAUUCCUGGCUCUCCAGUAUUUCCUCCGUACGGGAGGUUUCCGAGGUACAGACGCCCUGUUCGCUACAGGCCGUAUUGAUGAAACUUUCGCAUCAAUAUCGAUGGGUAUGAUAAUUGCCGCUAGUAGCAUCCAAUUGUGCCCGAUAUUACAUUGAAACCUUUGUAAAACAACCUUUUUAUGACGUUGGCUUGCAAGUACAAUCUUAUAGAUCUAUAUAACCAUAUUAAACUCCAGGAUGAAAGAAAAUCGCCUGGCCUUUUUAUUUUUUGACUUUUUUUUGGUUUAAUGUUUUCAUAACAUCCAUUUUGCUUAGGUUGGAAUCGGUCAUAGAAAGAAGUUCCUUAAA